CACACUCGCGCGCGCGCGCGCACGCACGCACACUCCCAGAGUUAGGAUGCUCUGUCUCUGCCUCCGUGGCAAGGUCCAGCAGAUUCCAGGAGGCUUGAGCCCAAGACUAUGAAAUGACCAUUCCUGGACACUUAGCAGCAAUCGCCAAGACACAUUUCGUCUGCCACGCAGUGGUGCUGAGAAAACUGAGAUUGCAAGAGGGAAGCCCCUCACUCUUCUCUCCCUCCCUCCUUCCUCUUCUUCUUCCUCCUCCUCCUCCUCCUUCUCCUCCCCCUCUCCCAGAGCCUGUGUGCGCUCUGCACAGUGAAGGGGCCGCUAUAAGCAGCGGUGGCUCUGGGCGCGGUGCUGCUGCUGCUUCUGCUGCUGCUGUUGCUGCUGCUGGAGCUGUUGCUGAGGGCAGGGAACGUCCUCGGGCUCCUGGGACUUCCCAAGUGGUGACUGCUGGACACGGACACAGAGUCGCGCCCUAGUUCUGCCAGUUGGGAGACGCGCCCGGAGAGUCCUCUUAGAACUACUCAGCUCAGCGGCUCCCCUCUUUGCAGCCCCGCCUCGCCCUGCUCUUCCAGAAAGUGGAGUGGAAUAGUUGGGGGGAGGGAGGUUUGCCUACUGCUUUUUCGGCUGCUCUUCGCACGGAAGUCCGUUGCUGCCGGGCGCUCUUCCACCCGCCACCCGCCCUCCACUUUUUUUUUUUCUUUCCGUGUCUAUUUGGGUGUUUUUGUAUCUUACUUGUUCCUCCAGUCAAGAUGAGGAAGGGUCUGGAGACUACAGCGGCCCGCUGCGGAUUGGGACUGGGAUACAUGCUGCAGAUGUUGGUGUUACCUGCCCUAGCCAUCCUUAGUGCCAGCAGCCCGGGCUCCGCAGCCCAAGAUGAUGAUUUUUUCCACGAGUUACCAGAAACUUUUCCAUCUGACCCUCCUGAGCCUCUGCCACAUUUCCUUAUUGAGCCUGAAGAAGCUUACAUUGUGAAAAACAAGCCCGUGAACCUGUACUGUAAAGCCAGUCCUGCCACCCAGAUUUACUUCAAGUGCAAUAGUGAAUGGGUUCAUCAGAAGGAUCAUAUUGUGGAUGAGAGAGUAGAUGAAACUUCUGGUCUCAUUGUCCGGGAAGUGAGUAUUGAGAUUUCCCGCCAACAAGUGGAAGAGCUCUUUGGCCUUGAAGAUUAUUGGUGCCAGUGUGUAGCCUGGAGCUCUGCAGGUACCACGAAGAGCCGGAAGGCCUAUGUGCGCAUUGCAUAUCUUCGGAAGACUUUUGAACAAGAACCUUUAGGGAAGGAAGUGUCUUUGGAACAGGAAGUCCUGCUCCAGUGUCGCCCACCUGAAGGCAUACCCAUGGCUGAGGUGGAGUGGUUGAAAAAUGAAGAAAUAAUUGAUCCUGUUGAAGAUCGGAAUUUUUAUAUUACCAUUGACCAUAACCUGAUUAUAAAGCAGGCUCGCCUCUCAGAUACCGCAAAUUACACAUGUGUUGCCAAAAACAUUGUUGCCAAAAGAAAAAGCACGACAGCAACUGUUAUAGUCUAUGUGAAUGGUGGAUGGUCCACUUGGACCGAAUGGUCUGUGUGUAACAGUCGAUGUGGACGAGGUUAUCAGAAACGUACAAGAACCUGCACCAACCCAGCCCCUCUCAAUGGGGGGGCCUUUUGUGAAGGACAAAGCGUUCAGAAAAUAGCCUGCACAACAUUGUGCCCAGUGGAUGGUCGGUGGACAGCAUGGAGCAAGUGGUCGACCUGUGGAACAGAGUGUACACAUUGGCGCAGGAGAGAGUGUUCGGCACCAGCCCCCAAGAAUGGAGGCAAGGACUGCGAGGGACUCGUUUUGCAAUCCAAGAACUGCACAGAUGGGCUAUGUAUGCAGAGUUUCAUUUAUCCUAUUUCAACUGAACAGAGAACCCAGAAUGAAUAUGGAUUUUCUUCGGCUCCUGAUUCUGAUGAUGUUGCCCUCUAUGUUGGUGUGGUUAUAGCAGUGAUUGUAUGCUUGGCCAUCUCUGUGAUCGUGGCUCUAUUCAUAUAUCGGAAGAACCACAGGGACUUUGAGUCUGACAUCAUUGAUUCCUCAGCCCUCAACGGGGGAUUUCAGCCUGUGAACAUCAAGGCUGCAAGGCAAGAUCUCCUGGCGGUACCACCAGAUCUUACGUCAGCAGCAGCCAUGUACAGAGGCCCUGUUUAUGCUUUGCACGAUGUCUCAGACAAAAUCCCGAUGACCAACUCACCGAUCCUCGAUCCUCUACCCAACCUGAAAAUCAAAGUUUAUAAUACCUCGGGGGCUGUAACUCCCCAGGAUGACUUAACAGAUUUCACAGCCAAGCUGUCCCCACAAAUUACCCAGUCUCUGCUGGAAAGUGAGACUCUCAACAUGAAGAAUCAGAGCCUGGCAAGACAAACAGAUCCAUCCUGUACUGCUUUUGGAACUUUCAACUCUCUUGGUGGGCACCUCAUUGUCCCCAAUUCAGGAGUGAGUUUGCUGAUUCCUGCAGGGGCCAUUCCCCAAGGGAGAGUCUAUGAAAUGUAUGUGACUGUGCACAGGAAAGAGAAUAUGAGGCCCCCAGUAGAAGACAAUCAGACCCUUUUGACCCCAGUGGUGAGCUGUGGGCCUCCUGGAGCCCUGUUGACUCGACCUGUUAUUCUUACCAUGCAUCACUGUGCAGAGCCUGAAACAGAGGAUUGGAAGAUCCAGCUGAAGACUCAGACUCCACAGGGGCACUGGGAGGAUGUGGUAGUGGUUGGAGAGGAAAAUUUUACCACCCCAUGCUACAUUCAGCUGGACCUCGAGGCUUGCCACAUCCUCACAGAGACGCUGAGCACAUAUGCCUUGGUUGGACAGUCCACCACCAAAGCCGCAGCCAAGCGCCUCAAACUCGCCAUUUUUGGGCCACUGUCUUGCUCAUCUUUGGAAUACAGCAUUCGAGUCUACUGUCUAGAUGACACACAGGAUGCGCUUAAGGAAGUUCUGCAACUGGAGAGACAGAUGGGAGGACAGCUCCUGGACGAACCCAAGACUCUCCAUUUUAAAGGCAGCACCCAUAACCUGCGUUUGUCAAUUCAUGACAUAGCCCAUUCCCUCUGGAAGAGCAAACUGAUUGCUAAGUACCAGGAAAUUCCUUUUUACCAUAUCUGGAGCGGUUGUCAAAGAAAUCUCCAUUGUACCUUCACCUUGGAAAGAUUCAGCCUGACCACAGUGGAGUUAGUUUGUAAGCUCUGCGUGCGGCAGGUUGAGGGAGAAGGACAAAUCUUCCAGCUCUCCUGCACAGUGUCAGAGGAACCCACUGGCAUUGACUUUCCCCUUCUGGACCCAGCAAGUACCAUCACCACCAUCACAGGACCCAAUGCUUUCAGCAUCCCUCUCCCUAUUCGGCAGAAGCUCUGCAGCAGCCUCGAUGCCCCACAAACCAGAGGUCAUGACUGGAGGAUGCUAGCCCACAAACUGAAACUGGAUAGAUACUUGAAUUAUUUUGCAACAAAAUCGAGUCCUACUGGUGUGAUCCUGGAUCUCUGGGAAGCCCAGAACUUCCCAGAUGGAAACCUAAGCAUGCUGGCGGCUGUCUUGGAAGAGAUGGGAAGACAUGAAACGGUGGUGUCUUUGGCAGCAGAAGGGCAAUAUUAAAGCAGCCUUGAAGUGAAGAGGAAGGAGGAAAAAUGCACAGGGAGUCUGUCUGAUGGCUGGCCUGCAGGCCACAAUUGAGAAAGAAAACACAAGCCAGACCAGACCAAGUUGCUUCACAAGGAGAUUUCAGUGAAAGACAGAGAAAGAGAAAAAAAAAAAACAACCAGAAACAGCCAAUUUUCAUUCCCACUUUACUUGUACAUUAUCACAGGAGUUAAGAGGAAAAAAAAAGUGUAAAGUUGUACCUUGAAUAGAGAAAUCAACCUAACUUUCCUCUUAAUUGGGUUGUGCGCUGCAUGGUACAGGAUUUUACAGUUUCCUAGGAAACGGUUUUUAUUGCUAUCCAGAUAUAUUGGAUAAACUUUCUUAACAGACCCAGUUUCUAUGAACAUUGUUUACAUCCGAUUCGGACAGGGAUAAGGACACCGUUCAUGGCUCUUUCUAUUUUUGUUGAAACCAUUUGAAGUUGAAGCUCUGGACGCUUUGUUGUGUCUAUUUCAGAUUAGCAAUUUUACAGAGAAACCACAGACUUUUGUUACAAAUCUCGUGCAUCAGGUGUCUGGGAUAAUCCUCCCAUUGUCGUCCUGUUUCUAAGGCCUUGUUGUAGAACCCAAGCGUAACCAUUUGUAUCUGGAAAGUGGAUAAUCUGAGCGGAAAGCAGGCAUGGUUAAGACUCCUUAUUCCCUGCGGGCUCUAUCUAGUUCCAUUUUGGAAUAAGCUGUAGACUCACAGGGAAGAUAGUGGCUCAUUUCAACCAACAAAAACGCCCCUCCUCACAAUGUGUGUGUUUGUGAUAUGCAAUUUGGAGUGGUUUAAAAAGUAUCAUUAUUAUAAUCAUUAUCAUUAUUAUUAAUUAUUAUUAUUAUUAUCUAUUAGCAUUUACAAGUACUUUAGUACAAGGAUUUACUUUUAAUUGUUUCUGUUUUUGUCUACAGUGGCAUUAGGCAUUUGAGUGUUGACUAGACCUGUCUGAUCCUUCUCAAGCCUUCUCAGUCACUGAACCUCUCCCAGUCCUUCAACCCCUGGAGCAAAGUAAUUAAUGUCUACCCCUGGGCAUGUCUGAUCCUUUGGCUAGUCAGAGGGAGCUCCUCCCCAUUGCUGCUCAGACCCCUCAAUUCUCUGUCUGGAGGCCAUUCUCAGCCCAGGGAGGAGAAAAGCAGGGGUGGGGUUCCCAGCUCUCCUCAUGGUGGCCCGACUUCCCCAGAUGGGGCAGAAAAAAGACCCAAGGUCUAUGGAUGUGGAGGUGAGAGGUGAGUUCUGUUCACACUCUGCUGCUGAUGAGUUGUGUGAACAAAUCACUUAACUUCUUCAGUUUCUUCAUCUGUAGAAUAUGAGUGUUAGACUGAAUUUGUGCCCUCAACUAAUUGGAUUGAUCAUCUGUGAUGCAGACAGAGGAUGGGCCUUGCAGGCCUUUUCUCUACAAAUAACCUUCUGUCACUCUACAAGCACCCCUGAUAUAAGAGAUAUUUGUCUGAGUAAAUUAUUCCUGUUUAAUAUAUUGUAUUUGAUUGGCUUUCCAGUCUUGAGUGAGUGUUAUUGUGACACCAUAAGGAAUUUGACGAAAAUAACAUUGCUGUCUUUAAGGCAAGUUUCAAUUUUCCCGGACUAGUUGCAAAACUUGUGUGUGUGUGUGUGUGUGUGUCUUAACAAUGGUAGAACUCUUUCACUAGUUCCCUUUAUAAUGGACUUUAGGCUGGAUUUUUUUUUCCUCUAAAGCUCAUAUUGAUGACAUUUUGGUGACAUUUCUAUGGGAUAUUUUCUUUGUUAAAACAAUAACAAAGCAAACAUACAAUGCGUUGAUCCAUGGAGACCAACAAGGAGAAGUUGUGCCCUGGCACACACAAUUCUGACAUUUUUGUCCUUUUGCUCAUGACUAUCACAGGCUUUUUGUUUUAACACAGAAACUCAAUUCAUUCAGCAGGUGGGGAGAAAUUGCUCAGUAGACCAUAGUAACCAAACCAAUAUUUGAAUGAUGAGCAUGUGUGUGCAUGAAUUACUACCUUCAAAGCAUGGCUGUGGUUCAGCAUUGGACAGGUGUGUUGGUUGCUGGUCAGAGUGUACUUUAGAAUCCCCUAGUUCCAAACCUUCAUAGUUUCCUCUCUGCAUUCCAUGUGUCCUCUCUCCUAUUUUCCCAAUUUAUGAAAAUUUCCACACAGUUAGAAGCAUAGAUUUAGUGUGAAGAGGCACUAGUCCAGUCCCAUCAUUUCUCUUAUGAAGAAAGUGAGGCUCAAAGAAGAUAUAAGUGACUUACCCAAGGUUACCCAGGAAGUAAGUGGCAGAGGUAAAAUUUUAACCCAGGUCUUCAGACUCCAAAUCCAGCAUGUUUCCUACUACACCACAUUGCCUUGUAUCUUGCCUCUCCUCUUGGUCGCCUCUCUUAGCUUUGUAGCUUUCUAUUUUGUUUAGGUCUUAAGUUUCGGACUCUAAUUUCUUUGCAUUAGUUUUGCAUCAGAAAACUACUACAGGGGCAGCUAGGUGGCGCAGUGGAUAAAGCACCGGACCUGGAUUCAGGAGUACCUGAGUUCAAAUCUGGCCUCAGACACUUGACACUUACUAGCUGUGUGACCCUGGGCAAGUCACUUAACCCCCAUUGCCCUGCAAAAAAAAAAAAAAAGAAAAAAAGAAAAAGAAAACUACUACAAUUGAAAGUAUAAUCCUCAAUCUGAUGCCUCAUGCCCCUGCCCAACAACAACAACCAAGUUGCACUGCAAAUUAAAGAAAUGAAAAUAAAUUUAACCUUUCUGUGGAGAAUGCUUCUAUCUACACAAGAAAAGUAAAACAAACCAACCAACCCCCCUACCCCCCCGAACCUGAGCUAAAUAAGAAAACUAGAAAGAUGCCUUCAAGUUUAGACUGAUUUUAUAUUGUGGCUAAAAUUCUUGGGUAGGACGGAUAGGUCGAGAGAGGGAAGAGAAGAGAUGAAACCCAGCCCAAAUGUAUGAUCUGUUGUCCAGAGGAAAGUCCUACUCUGAAUUCCCUGGAUAAGCUUAUGACUCAGUUCCAAAAGAAAACUUGUAAAUUGCCCAUUGAUAAGAUAAUUCAGCUCUCUUUCCAUUGCUUGAGUUAAACGUUAGUUCUCGCAUCUGUUUCUGUCUUCACAUGAAAACUGAAAUGGAGAAUUGAAACAAAUGUCUCUGGAUACUUCUUGUAAAAGAAAAAGGAAGGUUUGCCUAAGAUGUCAGGGAAGUAAUGGGGGAAAGGUCAGAGGACUGCCUUCAUUCUUUGCUUCAUAUUGCACAUAGGGUCAGUUUCUUGGUGCUCAUCUAAGCAGAGACAUCCAUUGAGUCCACUUCCAAUUUACAUUUUGGAGGUUUCAUAGAGAGGACACUUGUCCAAGUAGCUUUUCCGACAAGGAGACUUUCCUCUACAAUGAGAUUGCUCCUCUCAGAAUCAUUUUAUUAACUCUCACUCCUUCUGGCAUUAGGAGAUGACAAGCAGAUGCAGAAGGUGUCUUUUGGGUUUUAGGGGUUUUUUUUAAUAGUCUUUCCCUGGAUUUCUGUUACAUUGAAGUAUCAAGUCCUUUCCUUGGAUAUCUUUUUGAAAGAUAACAAACCACAGGGCAUCUCAAAGCAAGGCUUCAUGGCAUCAACCAUUUUCUGCUCAUAUAUCCUACAUUUCCUUCUGAGAAAUUCUAGCCAGAGAGCAGCAAGCUUUCAUUUGCAUGGAAAAAGGGCUAAUGAAACAUUGGCACGUGCUGCCAUCUAGUGGCAACAAAACAGCCUAGCCUGGGUAUUCUUUUGCCCUUUGAAUGUAUAAACUAUUUGAAAUGUUAAAACUCCAGGUCAUUGAGAUUGUUAUGACAGAAACCUAGGCUGAAGAAAGAGGUUCUAUCAUCCCACUAGAUUCUUUUAUGAAGUGAAUAAAAGUGAAUAAAACCUCACUCAAUGACUACAAUAAUUCGGCCAUCCUGGCUCCCUACCCCCCACCCUCUAUCCUUUUAUAGGCUCAAAUUACUCAUUGUGGAACUUACAUUCUAGUAAGAGAAUGGUCAUGUCACUGUGACCCUACUGCUUUUCAGAUCAUUCAUCUACCAGGCAGCUCAUUGUAGCUUGGAUGACUGCUAGUAAUAUUGAUAUAGAGAAGUAUAGAAAACUCUAUAUGGAAAGCAUUUUCAGUCUUUGAUUAGAUCUAUGCUUUUUGUUUUCAUUUGUUUAAACUAUUUUAUUUCACUUGUAUUUCCAAAAGUUCCUUUUUUGCUUGUAUUUUAUAUAUCCAAGAGACAUCCAUUCAUAUACUGUUUUUAAGACAUUGAGUUUUUGUAGAUGCAUGCCAAUAUGCUGCAUCCAUAAAAAGGGCAAGCCUAGAAAAUGAGAAUGACUUUGAUGAGUUUUAUUUGUUUAAGCAUAU